AUGCCUGUAAUUGACAAAGUGAUUGUGGGUGAUGUGAAGUGUAGCGGCUGCGUCGCCGUCGCGCAACGCGCCCUGGAACAGGUCGCCGUGAUCGAGGCCGUGAGCGCCAACUUCCGCAAGCAGACGUGUAGUUUUGAGUUCCUGCGGCCCGUCGAACUGCACGUGAUUGAUCAGGCGCUCGGGGCCGUCGGCCACGCGACGGUGAGCGCCGCCGCGCCGGCGCCGGCGCCGGGCGCGGACUCGCUCACGAGAUUAGUAAGGGAGGUGGUCGACGGGAAGUCGGUCCGACGCUACCGCUGCGGCUGCGGCUGUGCCGAGUGCGUGUGCUCGGACAAGCCCGUCUGGCCGGGCGACGAGGGCGUCGAGGUGACGCUGGAGGGUUUGUGUGACCGUUUGAGGACGACGGGAUUCGGCGACGGGAGCCUCUUCUCGGGAGAUGGACUGGUGGCGACGCUGCGCGCGAACGGCGACGCCGCGGCGACGUUAUUAGACGCGUGGGACGGGCGGCGCGUCCCCUGCGGCUGCGGCGGCGGCGACGCGGCCUCGCCUGCGCCCGCCGCGCCGGUCGAGGCGCCCGCACCGGCGCCCGUUCCAGAGCCCGUGGCCGCGCCAGCGCCAGCGAAGGAGACGGGCGACGCCUGCCGGCCCGGGCCGUCGCUGCCGGGCGGGCGCGAGCGGUGCCGUGAGCAGGACGCUCCAAGGCCUUCCGUCGUGUCGACCACGCCGGGACGCUUCGACGCGCUCUCCGUGUCGCCGCCGGCGUCGCCGCGCGCGGGGGCGCGGCCGAGGUCGCCGCUGGUCGCGCAGCGACGGCGCCCGCACCACAAGGCCCCGCCACAGCGCCGGCGGCCGCCGCCCCGCCGCCGAACCGACGACGACGACGCGCUCGCGGAGGCGCUCGCGGCGCGGCGCCGCCGAGGUCCGUCCUGGCUCCGCGCGGCGGCCGUGGCGGCUGCUGUGGCCGUCGCCGCCGUCGGAUACGCCUGGCGGGAAGCAUCUCUAGACGCCGUCGAGCAGACGCAGUCGCCGGGACGACGGGCUGACGCGGCGACUGUAGGCGCCGCCUGGUUCGCGCGUGGCGACAAGGAACUCACCGCCGGGGACCUCGACGCGGCCGCCUCGUCGUUUGCGAAGGCGGCGGCAAGCAGCCCGAAUCACCAGUACCACUCUGCCUACGCCGACGUCGUCCUGAGCCGCGCGCUGGCACGCUACCUCGCUGCCGGCGCCGACGCGGAGGACGUGGCGACGCUCUGCAACCAACUGCCGACGUGCGUCCGCGCGCGCGUCGCGGCGGCCGCCGCCGGGGACGAAGGCGACGCGUCGGAAGCCGCCCUCGCGGCGGGGCUCCGCGAUGCCCUCGGGUCGUUCGACGGGGCCAUGGCGUCCUGGCCGGGCCUCCCGCCCGGCCUGAAUGAGCAGCAAGUUGCGCAGGUUAACCGAGCCGUGCGAGCGCUGGAGCACUUCCGCAACUCGACGCGCGACCUCAUCGCGCGAAUAGAGUAA